AUGUCUUCUGCUGGGAGCGAGAGCUUCCAAAACGCGGCAGCGUAUAUUAACAAACUUCCUGCUUCAGCAAAUGUAUCUACGACAACACAAUUGCAAUUGUAUGCUGCAUACAAAUGUGUCACUGCUGGAAUUAAACCUACGUCAUCCCGGCCAAUAUUCUUUGACAUGACAGGUCGGGCCAAAUGGGAUGCAUGGAACGAAUUUGGUAGAUCGAUAGAGGGAGAACCAGACCCAGUCCAAGCCGCAGAGGACCACUACCUAGAGCACGCACGCAGCUUGGGAUGGACUGAAUCCUAUGAUGCAUCUGAUGCUACUCUGGGAACAUCUUCUGAGACUCAGAAGGGUGGCGGCGGUGGAAUGUGGGUGUCCGUAAGUGUUCCGGUAGCGCCCGACACCAGUGGAGAGAACUCGGUACAUGGCUAUGCGGUUAAUGGCAAUAUAGAAAGAUUAAGAGAGUUUCUUGACAAGCAGCCAGAGCUGGUAAACUCUCGGGAUGAAUUUGAAUAUACGCCAUUACAUCUUGCCACCGACCGAGGUCAUCCGGAAGUGGUUCGUUUAUUACUUGAUAGGGGCGCAGAUAUAGCCCUGAAGGACCAAGAUGGUGACACUAGCCUUGAAAUAGCUAUAGCAGCCAAGCAUCAAGCUAUUGUCGAGAUAUUACAGGAGCAUUUGAGAAGAAUUGAAUAA